GAAAAACGGGAUUUGGGUUAAGCAGUCAGAUGCUGACGUGCCGUCCCGUGCAGCUGCUGGGGACCAGCUGGGUGCUCCUUGCAGGGCUGCUGGUGCCUUUGCAACAGGCUGCGGAAGCGGUGGGACCCUGGGAGAGAAAAACCGCUGCUGUGGGAUCCUCGGUGCUGCUUCCCGGGCCGGAUAACGUCACGCACAUCUAUUCCACGCGGUGGGAGUACCUCAACGGCACCGGCUCCCGCACCAUCCUGCAGUACUACGGGGGGUCUCACGACGCAGCCGUCCACGCGCCCUACGCAGGACGAGCCGUUUUCCAUCCAUCCAAUGGAUCUCUCUUGCUGGAGGACGUCCAGGAAAGCGACAGCGGCACCUACAAAGUGACUGUCAACGUGGGGGACAGGGAGAGCCUGAACAUCCUGCUGGAAGUCCUCAAGCCCGUCUCUCGCCCUCGGCUCCGGAGCAGUGCCCUCGUGGCCCAGGACACCGGUGAGGUGGUCUGUGAGGUGGCGGAGGGCAGGGUGGACACCAUCACCUGGAAGAAAGAUGGGCAGCCCCUUCCCCCAGACAGAGGUUUCCACCUCUCCGACAACCUCAGCAUUUUGUACCUGAGGUCGGCGAAGAAGUCGGACUGCGGCUCCUACUCCUGCAACGCCAGCAACAGGAUAAGCUGGCAAGAAACCUCCCUGAACGUCACCAUUGCAGGUCUCUCCCCUGCCUUGCAGGACGUGCUGAGGAUUGCGGUGGUUGCUGUGGUCUUUGCUGCCGUCUCGGGAUGGGGAUUAAUUUUUCCCGUCUGCCAGUCUGAAAAGCUGAGAAUCAGGGGGGAGCUGUGGAGGUGGCUCAGCGUCUACACCUGCGGGCUGGUGUGCAUCGCUUCCGUCCUGGCAGGCACCGCCGGGAUCCUCUGGAUGCGAGAGGAAGGCCCUUCUGUUGCCAUCAUAUUGCCGGAGAUCGCCCUUACGUACGUGAUCGUGGUAACCUUCCUGGUGUGCGCCACCGUGACCUUCCAGCCUACAAAGCUCAUCCAACUCAAAAGCAAAACAGCGCAGCGCACGAUGGGCUACGCUGCUCCCGGAGGAGUGGUUUUGGUGGUGCUGAAGACCAGCUUCCUCAUAAAGAACAUCCACCAUCGCCAUGAAGAAGGAUGCACGGAGUUCGUGGACGUGACCGCCCUCGCAGUCAGCACGGCGGCGGUGUCGGCCCUCCCGCUCCUCGCCAUCUUCCUCUGCUAUCACACGACUCAGGGAUCGCUGAAGGAAUGUGACUCCAGUUGGGUGGACAAGGCAAGGUCCUUUGAAAUGUCCCAGCCCAGCACCAAGGAUGCUGUUGCCACCCGUUAGAGGUUUCCACCUGAUCAAGAUGUUUCUCACUUGGCUUUCCUCCAUGUUUAACGGUUUCAGUUUCAGGGGGUUUGGUCCUC